AUGCGUCCAUUUGCUCUUCAAAUCAUUGGCAGAGGAUUCAUCUUUCAGCAAGAUAAUGACCCGAAGCACACAUCCUCGCAUAUUCGUGACUGGUUCAACCGGCGUUAUGUGGAAGUUCUUGACUGGCCAAGUCAGUCUCCGGAUCUGAAUCCGAUUGAACAUUUAUGGGAAGAGCUGGAACGUCGCAUGAAAGGGAAAAAAGCAAGAAAUUCCGCCGAAAAAUUUGCUCAAUUUGAAGAAGCCUGGAAUGCUAUCCCACACUCUUGUCUUGACAAUUUGUUGGACUCGAUGCCACAGGCUGUUAUUUAUUUAUUUAUUUAUUCACAUACACCAAUGGUGCACCAGAAAAGAAGAUAA